AUGACGCAGUGGUUCAACCGUCCUGCAGCAUACACCCCCACACUCCUCCUCCUCAGUCUAUGUCUCCUCCUGACCCUCUCAACUCAUCACCUCACUCUCGCCCAGACCUACUACACCCCCAUCGUCGUCUUCUCAGCAGCAAUCGCCAGGACCGUCACCGAACUCUACGUCAUCGGUGGCGCCGCAGGUGCAAACCCAGGCAUCCGUGUCCCCCAACUCGUCUCCCUCGACCUCAACACCUCCUGGAAUACCACCUACCCAGCAUGGACCAAGCAUGCCGAUGGGCCUAAGCAAGAUCUUUUCCCGGCUGCCUUUUCCUCAGACGAAAAGAUCCUCUACGUCUUUCAUCUCCCUGACACUAGUUCUCCGUUUCAGUGGGACUCAAAUACUGAGGUGUGGAAGGAGAUGACGAAUGUCAAGUUUGACAAUGCGACUUGGCAGGGGAUUGGGGCGGUGACGGACCCGCGGACGGGGUUGAUUUAUAUGGCGGGUGGAUAUAAUGAUGACACGAACCUGAGCGACGAUCGGACGUACUUGGCGAUGGAUGUGUUUGAUCCGGUGUCGGAGACGCUGAAUAGGACGCAUUUCACAAUGCCGCCGGAUGUGGUUUCAGAAUUCAAACCUGACACCCAGACCUGGGCCCUGAUGGCGACUACAGGAACCACUCCGGCUAUGAGAUCCGAUCACUGCAUGGUCUCAAGCGAAGACGGAUCAAAGGUCCUCAUAUACGGCGGUCGUCUCGAUAACACGACUGUCGUCGGCGACAUCUUCAUCCUCGACACUGCCACACAAACCUGGACACCUGGAGCCGUCGGUCCGCCUCGCAUGUAUCCUGCUUGCGCCGUUGCGGGCGACCAGUUGGUCAUCUGGGGUGGAAAGGCUGCCGAUAACGUGGAACCACCGAGGGAGUUGAUUAUUUAUAACUUUGUAACGGGGCAGCAAGAGGAGAGCCACCCGGUAAGCGAGGAGGCCGAACUACAGCGGACACUGCAGGAGUUACAGGAUCUCGAGAACCAGCAACAAGAACUGGAACGGAAGCGACUCCAGCUCAUCCGACAACAACAAGUUCCCUACCCUCCACCGCCACCUCUGGCCCCUGGCCAGUUGCGAAGACCAUCAGAAUACUCGGAGCCGUUGUCCGACUACCGCCCUCCGCCCAAUAACCCUGAGUUUACCAUUAUCUACAGGAGCAGUACGGACUUCCCGGUGAUGACUUGGACAAGACAAUCUGCGGCUCAAAGGUUCCUUGCCUGGCCCUCCAUCCUCACCGUCCUCUGCCUCGUCUCAGUCCUAUCAACACAACGUCUCACAUACGCUCAGGCCCAAAACUUUAUACCAACGGUCGUCACAGCGCCAGCAUUUGCCAGGACCAUCACUAAACUAUAUGUCGCAAGCGGUGCCUUAACCGCAAACCUUGACAGUAGAACCCAUCAAUUCAUGUACCUGGAUCUCCUGAAACCUUUUACCAGCACAACACCACCAUGGACUCAGCUCGCUAAUGGUCCUGUACAGCGGCUCUUCCCGGCAGCAUUCUCGUCCGAUGAGAAGAUUUUGUAUGUGUUUCAUGUCCCUGGAACCAACUCGCCCUGGCAGUACAGUGUGGCGGAUGAUACGUGGCAGGAAGUGACGGCUGCCAAGUUCGGGAACGCAGAUUGGGAAGGCAUUGGGGCUGUCACGGAUCCCAAGUCAGGACUCAUCUAUCUUGCAGGAGGAUACGACGACGUCAAUGCCAAAGCAGCCUCUAUGAAGAUUGUUAACAUCUUUGAUCCUGUGAGUGAGACCAUCAAUACACAGGAUCUGCCGCCGCCCGAUAAGGUGUUUCCGAUCCGGUGGUAUUAUGGGAAUGUGUGGAGUCGGAACCGGAGUAGUGCUGUCUAUUGGGGAGGGAUCAAUCGGGAUUAUAAGGUGGCAGUUAGUCCGGUGGAGAAUGGUGUUACGGAAUUUUCGCCUGAUCCGAUGAGCUGGUUCACCAUGCCUAUACAAGGAGUCCCCCCGGUAGUCAGAGUAGACCACUGCAUGACUGCAAUAAUCUACGGAGGCCGUUUCAGGAACUGGACCGUCUCGGGCGAGCUCUGGAUCCUCGACCUCGUCACCUAUAGCUGGACCCAGGGCCUCUCUGGUCCACCGCGGUAUUACAGUGCUUGUACGAUUGCCGGAGAUCAGUUCUUGGUAUGGGGUGGGAGUGUCUCGCUGACUGAAAUUGUGUCGUCUGAGAUGUUGAUCUAUGAUAUGAAAGGGGGAAAGUGGGUGAAGGAGUAUACCCCACCGCCCUUCUACAAGGACCUUUUGCCGCCACCUGCGCUAAGGAGGGUUACUGCACCUUGGCCCACCAAAACGCUGACUGGUGGAGCUAGAAGUGAUGGUGGAUCUGGAGGGAUGGAUGGUGAACAGAAGCGACAACUUCUUAUGCUCAAACAGCAGGGAUUGACCACAAACACCACCACUACCACCACCACCAGCAGUCCUGACCUGGUCUCUUCUGAACAGCCUCGGCAAGUUGAAAACGAUGGAGACUAUGCUGGUGGACACAACAGUAAGCAAUACGUGAUCAAAUUCGCCUCGACUUGGUCUCCUUUUGGCACCACUGACCGUGGGAUCAAGGAUCACAUCAUAGUUUCUGCACCAGCAUUCACCAGGACCAUCACCAAGCUCUAUGUUGCAGGCGGUACUACUUCCGCAACGGCUCAUGUGAACACCCAGCAGUUCAUGUUCUUAGAUCUCCUCGUCCCUUUCACCAGCACUGCACCAGCAUGGACUCUGCUCGCCAACUGUCCCGCGCAGCGUAGUUUCCCGGCCGCCUUCUCAUCGGACGAGAAAAUCCUCUACAUCUUUCGUGUCCCUGGAACCAACUCGCCCUGGAAGUACAGCGUCGCCGACAACACAUGGCAGGAAGUGACGGCUGCCAAGUUCGGGGACGCAGAGUGGGAAGGCAUUGGGGCUGUCACUGAUCCCAAGUCAGGGCUCAUUUUUCUUGCAGGAGGAUACGACGACAUCAACUUCAAAGUACCCUACAUGAAGAUUUUCAACACAUUUGACCCAGUAUCGGAGACAAUCCACACGGACGAUUUGCCGCCUCCCGAGAGGGUAUUUCCCAUCCGGUGGAGCUACAAGAAUGUGUGGUGCAAGACCCGGAGCAGCAUUCUCUAUUGGGGAGGAAUCAAUAGGGAUGGUCAAGCUCCUUUUUCGCCUGUGGAGAAUGGCGUCACUGAGUUCUCGCCCAGUCUCAUGGGCUGGUAUACAAUGGGGUCAUCUCCAGAAGUGAGGACCGACCAUUGCAUGACUACAAACGACGACGGAACUAAAGUAGUUGUCUAUGGAGGCUGGGUCAGGAACGGAACUAUUGUCGGCGAGCUGUGGAUACUUGAUGUUGUCGCCUCUACCUGGACCCAAGGCAGAUCUGGUCCACCUCGGAUAUACUGCGCAUGCACGAUCGCAGGGGACCAGCUCCUGAUCUGGGGUGGGAGCUCCGCCUCAAAGGUGAUGGCGCCGUCCGAGAUGCUGAUCUACAAUCUAGUGUCCUCGGAGUAUGUGAAGCAGUACACGCCACCAGCUUACUACAAAGACCUGUUGCCGCCGCCUGCGUUGAGGAGGGUCACUGCGCCUUGGCCUACAAAGACAUUGACAGGUGGAGCGGUCGCAGGAUCUGGCGGGGCGGAUGGCGGCGAUGGCAAGGGGUCUGGUGCUACGAGGGAAGAGACCAAUUCUGCGAUUAUUGGUGGUGCCAUUGGAGGAGUGUUCCUGUUAGGCGCAUUUGCUGGGAUCUUUUUCUUGCGACGGAGACAGCAUCGACGACAAGAGCAAGGGUCGAGUGCAGUAACUGGAGUAAGUCAAGCAGGACAAGGCGGUGAUGGAGGGGGGUUUGCGGAGAGAGCACAGUGGAAGGGCCCACAAGGUGUUGCGAUCAAGAAUGACCCACAAGCAGUAGAACAGGACUACAGUCAUGUCGACAGGACACUCCAGGAACUUGUGGAACAACAACGACAACUAGAACAGAAGCGACAACUUCUUAUGCUCAAGCAAAAGGGAUUGACCACAAACACCACCACCACCAGUCCUGACCAGGUCUCCUCUGAGCAACCCCGUGCCCCUGCUGUGCUCACGCAUACCAAGUCCGAGUACCACCACCCCCCUCCCUCUUCAACGUCAAGUUCAUCGCCUACACCGCCACUGCCCAUGUCAUCGACACCCACCUUCAAUCCUGAGACUUUGUACGCAGAUCUAUUAUUGUCGACUGCAGGGUUGACCACCAAACCGACGGUACAGGUGGUCCCAGGACUAGUCGUGUAUGAUGGAGACUAUGCUGAUGAGUACGAAGGUGCUCAUCCGGGGACUGGUGCGCGGAAGUAA